GACCAGUGAUAUAUACCGAUGGAGAAGGGCUUGGUCCCAAUUUCCAAAAGGAGCGUUGAGCCCCCGAUCAGACAACUCAGCCCAACCGUGGUAGGGGGUCUGAAAGAGUCAUGGGUCAUCCUGGGAUCCAGAUGUGGACAUGGAAACUGUGUGUCUUGAGCUGGAUGUGCGUGGGCCAAGCGGCGGCAGGACCGCAGUACAUGGUAGCCAUUCCUGCAGUUCUUGAAUCUGGCGCUGAGACCAAAUUCUGUGCCAGUCUCCUGGAGCCCAGCGAGACUCUGGAAAUGAGCGUCACUCUGAUGUCAGAAGAGGCGAAUACAACCCUUCUGGAGAAGACCUCCAGUAUAGAAUUUCAUACCUGCAUUGAAUUUAAGGUUCCUUUAGUGCAGGAUGAAGUGGUGCAGAACUUUGAGGUGGAGGUACGAGGCGACACAUUCUACUCUAAAGAAGUCCGAAAAGUUCUGAUCAAAGUCUAUCGACCAAUGACCUUCAUCCAAACGGAUAAACCGAUCUACCUCCCAGGACAAACGGUGCAUUUCAGAGUCAUCACACUGGAUACCAAGUUAAGACCUGUCAAUCAGCUGUACGAUGUAAUCGCAAUGGAGGAUUCUAACAGCAACAGGAUUGGCCAGUGGCUGAAUGAAACCUCCUCCAAUAGGAAGAUAUUGCAGCUUUCUUACACCUUGAACUCUGAGGCCCGUGAAGGAGCCUACCAAGUUACUGUGUCGAUUGGGUCCGCUAAAAUACAACACAGCUUCAAGGUGGAAAAAUAUGUUUUGCCUAAAUUUGACCUACAAAUAAAUGCACCUGAUGAAGUAAGUAUUGAUCAGGAAGAAGUCAAAGCUGAAGUCUGUGCAACGUAUACAUACGGACAGCCUGUGCCAGGCAGUGUUGACUUGAAGGUGUGCCGACCUCUUGAUUCCUAUGUUAUACCCAGUCCAAUCACCCCUGAACAUCCAGAGGGAAUCGAUGUAAUCCCGAUGCCUUGCUACAAGGAGACAAAGCAGACGGACAAGAGAGGCUGUGCCGCUUUCAGCUUCGCAAUGUCAACUUUCACAAGAAUUGCGCAGAAGGCUCUGCAAGAUGUACUGCAACUCAGUGCAAAUAUGGAAGAGGAGGGGACAGGGAUUUCACGCUCCCAAGAGAAGACUACGGUGAUUUCUUAUGUUGUUGGAAAGCUGUCUUUCACCGACACUCCCAAGAUUUAUAACAAAGGAUCAAAUGUGGAAGGAAAAGUUAAAGCGGUUUAUUACAAUAAUACGCCCAUUCCUGCCAUGCCGGUGUUCCUGUUUGAGGGUGAAAGGUGGUCAUCGCGUUGGUUACAGAAUCUCACAACCGACAGUGAUGGCGUCGCCACUUUCUCAUUGAGCACAGCUGCCUUUAAAGGAGACUUCCACUUACAAGUUAGCGACACACCGACACUGGGCUACAGUCCUUACAGAACGCCAUACUACGAGUCUAACGAUCACACGGUGUCUUUGGCCACACCUUCUUCUCCUGAUACGAAGACAGUCAGCUCCCUGGAUGUGAAGAAGAAGGAUGAACCACUUUCCUGUGACGAAGAAGAGGACCUCUCCAUCCAGUACACAGUCGUUGGAGAGGCCCAGGGCUAUAUGGAUGUGAUUUAUCUGGUCUUAUCAAGAGGGGCCAUUGUUUUACAAGGAGUUGAACGGGUGGAAAUCAAAGAUAAAUUGGUGAAUGAGGGCGAGGUGUCCUUUAAGCUGACGGUGUCUCCAGACAUGGCACCAGACGUCCAGGUCGUGGCUUACUCCGUCCUCCCCAGUGAGACGGUGAUCGCCAACAGCGCCGACUUCUCUACCGAGCAGUGCUUCAGUCAAAAGGUGUCUCUGGAGUUUUCUCCGUCCUCGGCCGUCCCAGGAGAGGAGACCAUCAUGCGGGUUACCGCCCAGCCAGAAUCUCUGUGUGGCGUGAGCGCUGUUGACCAGAGCGUCCUCAUCAAGGAGCCAGGGAAGACUCUGGAUGCAGCCAAGAUAUUUCAAUUGUUGCCGGUCACAAAACUGUCCUAUAUUCCAUAUAAUGUUGAAGAUGGUGUAGAAUGUUUGCCUGUGAGACCGAGAAGAUCUGUUCUGUCGUACCCCGGAGGUGAUGGGACAGCUGACGCUUAUACAGUUUUCCAGAAUGUAGGGAUGAAGAUGGCAACAAACCUGGUUAUCAGAGAGCCUUCAUGCCUCGAAUACAAAGGAAGAGAAUACUACCAGGGCUAUCGUGGCUAUGGCAACUAUGCCGUGAUGAAAGAAGUAAUGGCAGCCCCUGGCCCUGUUGAACUUGCUGUGGAUCUUAAUGGUCCAUCUCCUGAUAAAUCCCCAGUAGAGACUGUCCGCACUUUCUUCCCUGAGACCUGGAUAUGGGACCUGGUGGAAGUUGGAGAGUUUGGAACGAAGAAUGUGUCCCUCACUGUCCCGGACACCAUCACCACCUGGGAGACGGAGGCUUUCUGUCUGUCCCCUCAGGGUUUCGGCUUGGCUCGGCGUAAAAACCUCACGGUCUUCCAGCCCUUCUUCCUGGAGCUCAGCCUGCCCUACUCCAUCAUCCGGGGGGAGCACUUUGAACUGAAGGCAACCACCUUCAACUACCUGACCAGCUGCAUCAUGGUCACUGUGACUCCAACCCCCUCCUUAGAUUACACCCUCACCCCCCUCUCUGGUGACCAGUACACAUCCUGUCUGUGUGGCAGUGAGCGCAAGACCCUCAGCUGGACCAUGGCCCCCUCAGCCUUAGGUGAGACUGGAGCUUUUAUCCACCAGGCUGCCGAGGUGGAGGAGGCUUUUUUUUAA